ACUAGGUUGAAAGGACUUGAGCGUGGCCUGUUGACGUUACCUUAUUACUCGGACAGCGAAAUAAGUAUUCUGGCCUCCAGUAGAAUCUCGAUUAUAGACUAUAAGAAUAGGAAGUGACUUACGACUGUCCGAUACAGAACAUCUAAUCUGAAUAAAUAGAAACCCAAGCGAGAAAAUGACCAUUAGCAAACUGUUAUCGCUGCAAUAACAGAUAAGAUAGUUACAGCUAAUUCACCGGACUUAAACUUGAAAAUUUUGGAAAAUCUUAGAAAUUUUAUCCACAGUUUACGCAGUAGUUACAUGAGUAGUAUAUCAAACCACCUAAACUCCAUAGUCAUAAAGAACCAAAUAUAUUUUUAUUGGUGAAAAUUAGACGAAUUCCAGAUGGAAACUGUGAACGAUUCUGGAGUUUCAACAAUGGUGUCAGAUCAUAGUGAUUCCCUCGUCAUCAGACCUUCUGAUCAUCAAGUACCGCCUGAUAACAGAAUGUUAACUCAUUCGAAUAUCUGCUUCCGCUGCCAGGAUCCAGUUUAUCCUACAGAAAAAAUCCAACCAAAUCAAACGACCAGCUAUCACAUGAGAUGUUUCAAAUGCAAAAUAUGUGAUCUUAAAUUAGCUUUACAGACAUUUUUCACAAAUCAGCGAAAUUCAAAUGAUGGAAACGUUUACUGUCGUGCUCACGUACCCAAGCUAGCACCUGGAGUUGUUGAUAAUUUAGCUUUAAGCAUUAGCGUUCCGAGAAAUCUUUCAAGAAACCAUCAAGCCACAAACCUACAAGUGCGUGGCCCAGAAGCUGGAAAGGGAGCAAGAUACGAUAACGACGCCCUCUGCAUUCAAACAGCACUCCGAGCACCGAGAGUCUGGGAAAAACCACGAGAAAUGUUUCAUACUGAAAACGUAGCUAAGGAUAUUGUGAAAUCCGACGUUAUUGGUUUAAAGUACUUCUAGCACAUGACAACUGGAAAUAUAAAAUCACGUGGAUGUGAUACAACAUCAGUAAAAAUUCUCCGAUUUCUUUUUUUUUUCAGUUGCACAACUAGUUUAUCUAGCUACAAUAGACGGGAAAACCAAGAGCUGUAUGUGUGUUUUGAUAUCUCUAGCAAAUACAAGGUAAUGCAAAAGGAGCGCGUUACUACGAUGUAUUUUUUUAGCCUUACCUUUACAUGUAACAACUGUUCAAAAUGUGUACCGUUGAUAUCAUUACACAUCUUAAACAACAGGAUCACUUUCAUACAUUCUUACAAUAAUAAUAAGAUUUCCACACGUAAAACACAAAUGUGACUUAGAAAUUUAUUGCAAGGGUGGUGUUUUUGUUUGUUUAUUGAAUUUCAUAUAAAGCUAUUCGAGGGUCAUCACCGCUAGCCGCUCUUAAUUUUGAGGUUAGACUUUUUGAAGACAGUUAAUCAACAGCGCCAUCCCUUGAACUACUCUUUUUUGAUUGAAUAAUGGGAUUUAGCCCACACUUUUAUAAUGCGCCCAAGGCCACAAAGUAAGGGGUGCAAUAUUUAUAUGACUGAAUUUUAUUAAACCACUGGGCAGCGCCCGACAUUAGGGUAUUACACCACCUUGUAUUAUGAAGUAAGUUUAUCAUUCAGAGACUAAGUAUGGUCUUUUAUAAGGCGUAUUACACAUACACCACGUAACUACAAAUUCAACGUUGCACGUACGUUUGUACUAUCAAAGCGAGUACACUUUCAAAGUGGGAGACCCUUUUUUUGAGCAAAGAACUGAAUCGAGUUGUACCGUCAGAACUGGUGGAGUUUUGAAAUUUGGUUUAAACGAUGGACCGAUAACACUUAUAUAUAUAAAGAUACUAUCACCCUCUAACUAACAAAGUGUAUAAUCAAAUCCAAUAGUGUUUACCUUUUAUCACUUACUCAAAAACUGUCUUGUUGUAUUGUGAGUUUUCAGUCUAAUAAGCGUUGUUUGAUUUUGUUUACAGAUGUAUGUUUUUCUUCAGCUUCUGUCUCGUGGUUCUAGUUUAGGGAAAAGGUUGAUUCUUAGUUUUAUCAAUAACAUUGCUUGGUCUUGUUUACAAUCUAUGUUUUUCUUCAGCUUCUGUCUCGUGGUUCUAGUUUAGAGAAAAGGUUGGUUCUUAGUUUUAUCAAUAACAUUGCUUGGUCUUGUUUACAAUCUAUGUUUUUCUUCAGCUUCUGUCUCGUGGUUCUAGUUUAGAGAAAAGGUUGGUUCUUAGUUUUAUCAAUAACAUUGCUUGUUCUUGUUUACAGAUCUAUGUUUUUCUUCAGCUUCUGUUACUAAUACUUCAUUUUCGGAAAAUUAAUUUUUCAUUUUCACAAAAAUAUCGGAAAUUUUAGAUUUCAAACUGAGAGGAUAUUUGAAAUUUUGGUUUUAAAAUAUUUCCAUGUUAUUUUUGAAUAAUUAUAAAUGCUCUCAAAAAUUGUAUUCGAGUUUCGAAAUAGUAACUUCGAAGUUUCGAUUAAAGGAACUGCUAUAUAGAUUUCUAAACUUUAUACGCUGAUGUUUUUAAUUUGUCGAAAAAAACCUUGAGUGCAGUGACUACGAUGACGUCAUAUAAUGCUAGUGAUGUAACAAUUACACCAAGGAUUAAAAGGGGCUCAACAAUUUCAUUCCUUUCCGACACUCUAAAAGUUUAGGAGUAAAUUUUCCUCAAUGUUUUUUUAAACGACCAUUGAUUUAAGAGUAAUUAUGAGCGUUUAACUGAAGAGGUAAAAUACCCCCCGAUUUUAACGGACAGGGUUUUUUCAAAAAAAUAAAUAAAUAGUAAUUUUUUGUUACAUUGCUAGAUUACGGCUAAACCACUGGGAGUGGAAGAUUUUUUAUGCAUUGUCGAAGCUUUAUAACUUGAAUGGCCUUGAUUAUUGUUUAUUUGCAGUUAAUGUUGCUGUAAUAUGCGAAUGUCUAUAACUAUAAAAUAAUCUUUAUUAUGUGACGAUACAAGUUUUUCCUAAUAAGUUUCUAUAUAUAAUGGUAACCUACACUAAUUAGGCAGCAAUAUAUUUACUAAAACCGGGUUUUAUUAUUUUUACAAAGAUGUAUGAGAAGAAAGACCACACAUAUAUCCAAUAUAAAAAGUUUCUCAUUCACAGUUAAUGUAUUUCAGUCACAGUAAAAUCUCGUCAAUAACAUCAGUGACAUGUUUCACUUCUUUUUUUUUUCAGAAAGCCAGUGAAGUUCCGUUACAUUACGUUUAUUAGGUAGAAUGAGGAAUACACUUUAUUUUAUUUACACGCUAGAGGUCUCUCCUCGUAGCACGUUUGUUAGUGCGCUGUCAAAAUAAAGUGAGGAAUACACUUUGUUCUACUUACACGCUAGAGGAGUUUUAGCACAAGCCUCUUCUCAUUACUUUUGUGAGUCCCCUCGCAGAACGUUUGGCAGUACGCAGUCCAGGUAGCGUAUUUGCACGAUAGAGAAGUUUAGCAUAGGCCUCUCCUCCCUCCAGUUGUGGAGUCCCGUCGCAGCACGUUUGUUAGUGUGCAAUUCAGGUAUCGCGAGAAAUAAACUAUAUUUUAGACAAACGAUUGAGACAUAAUGCGUUUUUUAACAAAUGUAUUAAAUCAUUUUUUGAGAUUAUCUAUUAAAGAUUACUGUCACAUCUAAUUGUGUAAAAUCUCACACCAGUUCAUGUUUUGAGUAUAAGGUAAUAUCUGUAACAUUUGUACCUAAAUGCCUUAAAUAUUAAUUUUUAUUUUCAACUAAUAUGUGGAAUAUAUAACUAAUUAUCGUAUCUGUCCGAUUCACAUUUCAAAGUUUGGUAUUUUUGUUUCAAUUUUCAAAACAUCUGGAGUUACGAUGUUAUGUCCACGCUUAUGUAAAAUAAAGCCGAUUCAGUUCUUCAGUGA